GGAGAGUAUACGCACUUCAGUCUACGGACCGAGUCGGCGGGAGGCUCUGUGGGCAACGCUGUCCCGCUGAUUCUACAGGAUCCAGGCGUGGGCUCGGACCCAGCCUCGGCUUCAGUCGCGGCCCGGCGAGGCGAUGGCCAAGGUAUCGGUGCUGAACGUGGCGGUGCUGGAGAAUCCGAGCCCUUUCCACAGCCCUUUCCGGUUCGAGAUCAGCUUCGAGUGCAAUGAGGCUCUGGCGGACGACCUAGAGUGGAAGAUAAUUUAUGUUGGCUCAGCUGAGAGUGAGGAGUUUGAUCAAAUCCUAGACUCAGUGCUGGUCGGCCCUAUCCCAGCAGGGAGACACAUGUUCGUCUUUCAGGCCGAUGCUCCCAACCCAUCCCUCAUCCCUGAGAGCGACGCCAUUGGUGUGACCGUGGUCCUCAUCACCUGCACCUAUCAUGGGCAGGAGUUCAUCCGUGUGGGCUACUACGUCAACAAUGAGUACCCCGACCCAGAGUUGCGGGAGAACCCACCCCCAAAGCCAGACUUCUCUCAGCUCCAACGGAACAUCUUGGCCUCGAAUCCCCGAGUGACCCGUUUCCACAUCAACUGGGACAACAACACGGACAGGCUGGAGGCCAUAGAGAACCAGGACCCUGCCCUAAGCUGCAGCCUCCCCAUCAGCUGUACCCCUGUCAAGGGCUUGGGGCUCCCUGGCUGCAUCCCUGGCCUCCUCCCCGAGAACUCCAUGGACUGCAUCUAACUGAGGUCUUAACUGGGGGACUCCAGGCCCUACCUGGGGCUUGCUAGGACUAUGGCCAGUCUCCCAACACAUCUGGAGUGGGCAGUUAGGCCUCCCAGAGAGUCCUCUGGGGGCCACCUGGAAGACUUUGGGGCCAUCAACUAUAUUCAGCCCUAUCACAUUGAUCUCUGAGGAAAGAAUGGGCCUCAGGUCUCUCCCAACCUCAGCCCAGAAAGAUUCUCUCACCUUUACUGCCCUGGCCUAUAAAAAGCAGGUGCUUUAGUUCUUAAUUCUCUCUAACUUGUGUCCUUUCUCUCUUUCACACAUAAGCCAUUGUGUCACCAGACUCCCAUGUAAGUACCAUUGACCCAGACCUCUUCCCACAGACCUCCCUGGCCUUCCUUGAGGCUUUCUUGGUCAAUGGUUCCAGCCCUGUUGGACCAAAGGCUCUGUCAUUUCCCUUCCCAAACAUUUGAGUAGAUCCACCCAGCUUUCUGGAGUCAAGGAAUCUGAGUUAGAAGGUAGACUUGGACACAAUUUCUGUCCUUUUCCCAGAAAAAUUUUUAGGUCUUUUCAAUCCAGCAGCCCCUGGAAAACUCUGUUCGCAAAAGUGUGAUCAGCUGGAUGCUGAGGAAUAAUGGUUGAUUCUCCUCUCAGUCGCAACCACCUUCUUGUUACCUCCUAACUGGACCUGGAUUUCCCUGGAGGCUGCCACUGUUGGAGCAGCCGCUGACCAGGCUUUGUUUUGGCAUCAGGACCUCUGGCUGCCUUUGCCCUCUGCUAAGACCUUAUGCUCUCACAGGCUACGGAGUGAUUGCAGGCAUGGGAAACAGUAGGGACCCUGAAAACCACCUUCCUUAGCCAUGUUCCCCAUCUCUUCGCUGCUACGUGGAUGCUGUUGAUUACAGUUUGUAUAUUAAAAGGUUUUUGUAUUAAAUAUUUUUGGUUGAUCUAAAAA